CUUAAUCAAAUUUUUUAAUACCAUGCCUAUCGUCGAACCCAAGAACCUUCAAGAAUUCAACCAGUUGAUCAACAACAGCAAGCUUGUGGUCGUUGACUUUCAUGCUACCUGGUGCGGUCCUUGCAAGUUGAUCGCUCCCAAGUUCGCAAAGUUGGUCGACGUCUACCCUGACGUCGUUUUCGCCAAGGUUGAUGUUGACGAGGUUGCUGAUGUUGCCUCCCACGUUUCAGUCCGUGCUAUGCCCACUUUCAUGUACUUUAUCAAUGGCAACAAGGUUGAUGAAGUCGUCGGUGCCAGCCUCAAGGAUAUCGAGGAUAAGAUCAAGACUCACAGUGCUUAAGUCUAAACUUUUGAACAUUGUACUUCCCCUCUGUCAUUUGUCAUAAAAUUCGUAUAUAAAGUUUGCUUAGCCUGUGUCCGGCAAAAAUGACGUUAUAUUUU